AAGAAGGUCCCGUAUGUAACAACAACAACAAGUCGUACGUAGGUCACCUCCUGCUAAUGUUAUUUUGGGUUUUACAUUGUAGUUCGUGUGAGGUUAAUUCAUUAAUGUGCAGUGUUCUUUGCGCGUUAAACGUCUCGUUUUGUAUUGACGUCACAUUAGCUGACCUGCGGUCGGUCUUAUUUAUCAGUGAAUCAUCAGUGCACUCAGCAGGGUGCCAACAUGAGUUGCACUUUCCACCUCCUGGUUUCUCGCAGCGACUUCCACCACGGCCGCUUUCUGCUGGUCUCGUCUCGAGAGUCCCUGUUGUUCAGAGCGCUCAGCUCCAUGCACCAGAUCAGCCGCAGCCUGCAACAGAGCUACAGGCUUCUGCAGCUGUCCGACAAGGACGUCAGCAGUCCUGUGCAGGUGAAAGAGGCCUACCUGCGCCUCGCCAAAAUCCAUCACCCGGACUCGGGGGCUCCGACUGCGGAUGCAGGGCUGUUUGCGGAGGUUGAGGAGGCCUACCGCGCUGUGCUGGCUCAUCAAAGCAAGAUUAUGCAACCCGAUGGUGGGACGGAAGAGGAAGAUGAGGCCAAGCGCAGAGGUGCAGCAUUUCCACACAGACACUACCUCAAUUACGAGGGUGUGGGUUCGGGGACGCCCAGCCAGCGCGAGCGGCAGUACCGGCAGAUACGGGUCGACCGGGCGGCCGAGCAGGUUUUGAACUACCGGCAGAGGGAGCACGAGAGGGCGGCCGCCACAGAGGGGGCGCUGGUGGAGCGGGACAUCCGCCAGCGCAGCCGAAAGAUCAAGAUCACGCAGGCCGUGGAACGUCUGGUGGAAGACCUCAUCCAGGAGUCCAUGGCCCGAGGAGACUUCAGGAACCUGGGUGGAGCUGGAAAGCCCCUCAACAAGUAUGAGUACAACCCGUACGCUGAUCCCAUGACCCACAAUCUCAACCGCAUCCUCAUAGACAACGGCUACCAGCCGCCCUGGGUCGUCACGCAGCGCGACAUCCGAGAGGCCGCCGCUGACAUCCGAAACAGGUUACUGGAGGGGAGGGCCAGGCUCGGCGACCCCAUGACCCCCAAACAGCAAAGCCAGUGGGAGCAGCUCUGUGCUUCUGUAAAGGAGGAGCUGGCGAAACUUAACAAGACGGUGGACAAUUACAACCUCAUCGUGCCGAUGCUCCACAUGCAGAUGGUCCACUUCAGUUUGUGGCGAGAGAUCAGCCGCGCUGAGAAAGGAGCCGGCCAACACAGACUGGAGCAGCAGAGAGAGAGAGAAAAGGAGAGAGAGAGGAGGAGGAAGGAGGAGGAGGAGAAACGAGACAACUCAGUGACAGAGCAUCAAAGCAUCAAACAAGGCCUGAUGACCUGGGUAAAGAAUUUGCUCAGAUUCAAGCAGUAAAUCUCUGAAUCUCAAUGAACAUAAAUGGAUUUGAGAACAUUGGUUUAUUCAUUUGUUUUUUUCUCUCAAUUUUAAUUGAUCAUUACAGUCCAUGGGGCGACACUUCACACAGACUAGUGCACUUGUUCGCUUAUUUCCAAUAAACUUUGAAUCAAAGGUACUGACUUAUUAGUUCCACUCUGCUGUUUUGGUCCAGAUGUGCGGGACUGUCAGCAGGUGCUAGAUGACUAGUAUCUGGAAAUCAUGAUUCUGGAAAGUACGAGGAACUAUAUGUGUUGAUAUCCAAAGAUUACAACAUGAGAUGGUUUUGAAAUAUACGAUCUAAAAUGUUUGAUGUUACAAGAUGUUUCCAUGAACCCUCUGGUCUGAAAAUAGAACCCAACAAGUGUAAGAUUUAGAUGGAGAAGGGCGAGCGCUCUGGGGGCCAGAAUCCGUCUUCCUGCUCCUACCUGGAGGAGGAGCGGUGCAGGGAGGGAGGCACGGCCACAGAUUACGUGGUCAACGCGUGGGAAUUGACGGGUUUAUAUGACAAAAUCGGGAUUGGGAAACUUGACACGAAGAAAGUCAACACCGAAUAUGCUCAGGUUCAUUUGUAGAGGGACAAAUAUUAUGCAACAACAUUUUUGCUAAAAAUUCCAGUAUUUUUGUUAAGGAUUAUGAAUAAGAUCACGUUGUAUCGUCAGUGUUUUGUCCCUUACGUGUUUAUGAUGAAUGUAAAAUAAGUUAUUUUGCAAAUUCGAGACCUUCCUCCAACAACCCAUUGUUAUUUUAAAUUACAGAACCCAUAACAAUGUUUUACAACAAUGAAAAAGAGCAAACUGGAUCCUGAAACAUUUUUAGUUAAGUUAAUUUUAGAAAAACUGUAUUUGUGUAAGUUGCGGCAACGCUUUGUUUUAGUGGAAUGUUUAUACAUCCGAAAGCUUUGCAGUUUGCAAGUGCCUUAACUAACUACAGGAGCUUGCUAACAAUAGCUUGCUAAUGUAACAGAUGUGUUUAGGGCAUGGAAGACGUUGACUCAGGUAAUGAUCUUUCCAGCACUAAAACACAGACAUUGCCUUCUGAUCUCUCUUUGCACAUCAGCUUUAUUCAACAGUAUAAAAGUCCUGUGAAGAAAAAACGCAAUUUCGGCAGGAAACAGAUUUAACUCAUCAAAAUAAAAUCCACACACACUCAUCAGGAUCAUUGAAUAAUAAUAAGAUAAGAUAUAAUACAUUAAAAGUGUAUUUCUGAUUCUGUUACACUAACAGCUAACUUGUCCCAGCCCAUUAUUAUCAUUUCAGUUAUCGACUGCACCUCUAAAAUGAUCCCUUGACAUAAUAAAAUGUAACGUCUUAUCACACUUAUUCAGUUUCCAUGCUUUUCCCGGCAGUCCUUUGCAAUUUUGUACGUCUCUCCAUAAGAUGUCCUGCAUUUGAGACAUUUAUUUUCAGUAACACCAAUAGACUCAAUUUCUCAAUUGUCUAAGUGAUGUGGGGAAUGUUGGGUUUCUAAGGAUUUUUUUUCAAGCAGCAUAACAUAACAAGUUUAUUAUUAUCUUUUUCAUACAGACCUCUUUGCCAGUUUAAAAUGCAUUCAGUUAAAGUAUUUAAUAAGAAAAAUGUGUAACUCUUGUCUAAAUGGGGAUUAAAGAUUGUAAUUGUAAUUAAUAAAUCUUAGAUAUUAUUUAGUUCGUUAUAUGAUGUAUAUUUUUUAGGUAGUCUAAUAACAGAUAUUGAAUGUCUGUGAUUGUGUCCGUUGGUUCUUAUCACACUUGACAGAGUUGUGUGAUUCCAUUUAACCUUUUCUUUAUAUUUUUUGCCUGUUAAAUACUACUCCUAAAGGUCAGUUACUGGGAUGAAUUUCACUGAAGGAAUCCAUGCAGUUAUUAAACUGAGACAACAGUUUAGGAACUCAAGCCCCUGAGACUCCUUUAAGGGCUCAUUGCCACCAGAGAGAGAGGAACACAGGACACAGGCAGCAUUGUACAAAUAAAACCACAACAAAUGAACACGCUGCCCCCUGGUGUUAGUUUAUGGUUAUUUCUUUAAAGUUUACUUUGUGGUCACUUUAGAGUGUUUCUGUUUUUUUUGUAGUUCUUGGUGGUUUGGCUGCUUUUGGAUGGUGCUGCGUUGUAUUCAGAGGUGUAUUCGGUCUCUUAAAGGUACAGUACGUAGGAACCAUGUAUGUCAUCCACACAGCAGAUGAAUGAACUGAGUGAACUCUUCUCUCACCUUCUGAAGUUAAUACGUAGAGCUGUUGAGUUGGACUGUUCCACAUUAUGAAAUGAUUUAUGACUGUCCAUCAUACGUGACAACUUUGCAUAUUGCUUUUCAAU